AUGAGCGGCAUGGAGAAGUCGUCUGCUGUGCAGGACCCCAGUGUCAUUGUGGGUGCCGCAUGCCGCGUGCCUGGCGCGACAAACUUGCAUGAGCUCUGGGACUUGCUGGAUUCGAAACGAGAUGUCCAAAGAAAGAUGCCCUCAAAUCGGUAUAACGCCGAUGCAUUUUACCAUCCCGACGGAGCGAAUAAAGGCACUAGCAAUGCCACGUUGGGAUAUUACCUUGAGCAGCCUCUGGACUACUUUGACGCCGCCUUUUUCAACAUUUCCGGCAAAGAGGCCGAGGCCAUGGACCCGCAGCAAAGACUGCUGCUUGAAGUGGUCUACGAGGCCCUUGAAAACGCCGGCCUCACCUUGGACGAGAUCCGGGGCACCAAGACGGCCGUGUUCGCCGGCUCCUUUACAUACGACUACCAGUCCAUGACGAACCGCGACCUGGCCCAGUACCCCAAGUACACCGUCACCGGCACAGACGCCAAUGCCAUCCUGGCGAACCGCAUCUCCUACGUCUUCGACCUGCACGGACCGAGCGUGCAGGUCGACACGGCCUGCUCCUCCUCGCUUACGGCGCUGCAUCUCGCCGCGCAGAGCCUCCAGAGCGGCGAGUCGGACAUGGCCAUCAUCUGCGGCACGGCGCUGCACUUUGACCCCACCAUCUUCAUCACCAUGGCCGAGUUCGGCAUGCUCUCGACCGACGGCCGCUGCCGCCACUUUGACGCCCGCGGCUCCGGCUAUGUCCGCGGCGACGGCGUGUGCGCCGUGGUGCUCAAGCGGCAGCGUGCGGCCGAGCGCAACGGCGACCGCAUCCGGGCCGUGAUCCGAGGCACGGGCACAAACCACGACGGCAUCAAAGAAGGCAUGACACUGCCGAAUCACAAGGCCCAGGCGCGCCUGGUUCAGGACGUCUACGCCCGUGCUGGCCUGGAUCCGCGGGACACGGGCUUCUUCGAGGCCCACGGCACCGGCACGCAAGCCGGCGACCCGCGCGAGGCACUCUCCAUCGGCGAGGUGUUUGCCGCGGGACGGGACGAGCCGCUGUACGUGGGCUCGAUAAAGACAAAUAUUGGCCAUCUGGAGGGGGCCUCUGGUUUGGCGGGUGUGAUCAAGGCCAUGCUGAGUGUCGAACGGGGCAAGAUUCUGCCCAAUAUGCAUUUCGAGACACCAAAUCCCAACAUUGACUUUGCAAAGCUGAAAAUACAGGUGCCGACGGAAACUGUGGCUUGGAAUCCUGAGAACGGAAUUCGUCGUGCGAGUAUCAACUCGUUUGGCUUUGGCGGCGCCAACGCUCACGUUGUGCUGGAAAACUACACAGAUGUCCGACAACCCGUAUCGCGAGAUGCAGACCCCCAAAUUACAUCAACACGACCGUAUCUGCUGCCUCUUUCUUCGCAUUCCGAAAAUGCCGGCAAGUUGCUGCAGCAGAAACUGGCCGACUACAUGCACCAGAACCCCAAAACUCCCGUCCAGGAUCUGGUGCAUACGUACAGCACUCGACGCAGCCUCCAUCGCUUUCGCUCAUUUGCCAUUGGUCGUGAUUUGCCAUCCAUGCGCACCGGUACUACAACGCCGAGCCCUCUCGCCAGCUGGAAGCAGGCAGGCCCGGCGCCGCGGCUCGGCUUCGUCUUCACCGGCCAGGGCGCGCAGUGGUAUGCCAUGGGCCGGCAACUCAUCGAAGAGAGCCCGUUCUUCAAAAGCGUUCUGCUCGAGUGCGAGGCUGCGCUACAGACACUGCCCGACGCGCCGCGCUGGUCCAUCGUCGACGAGAUGCUCCAGGCCGCGGACGAGUCGCGCCUGUCGCAGAGCGAGUUCUCGCAGCCGCUGUGCACGGCGCUGCAGAUCGCGCUGGUCGACACGCUGCGGGCCUGGGGCGUCGCGCCGGCCGCCGUCAUCGGCCACUCGUCGGGGGAGAUCGCGGCGGCGUACGCGGCGGGCAUCCUGAGCCGCCGCGACUCCAUUGUCUGCGCCUACUACCGCGGGCUGUACAUGUCCAAGGGCCGCCACGCCGGAUCGAUGAUGGCCGUCGGCCUGACCGAGGCCGAGGCCGGGCUCGAGCUCGCUCCGUUUGCCGGCCGCGCGGGCAUCGCGGCGGUCAACAGCCCCGCGAGCAUCACGCUGAGCGGCGACACGGAUGCCAUUAUGGAGAUCAAGGCGCGGCUGGACGCCCGCAGGGUCUUUGCGCGGCUGCUGCAGGUCGAGCAGGCGUUUCACUCGCACCACAUGCGGCCGCUGGCGCCGGGCUUCCAGCAAGCGCUGGCCGCGACUGCUGGGUUCGCGCCCAAGGAUGCUCGUGUUCCCAUGUUCUCGAGCGUCACGGGGCGGGACUCCAGUGCGAGGCGCAUGGAUGGCGUGUACUGGUCGGACAACAUGACGGGGCGGGUGCGGUUCUCGGAUGCUGUCGUCGGCAUGGUGUUUGGCGAGGACGAUCAGCUCGCCGUGGAUGUCAUGGUGGAAAUCGGACCUCAUCCUGCGCUCAAGGGACCUGUCAAGCAGACACUCAAGUCGCUAGGUAUCGAGACGGACAUUCCAUAUAUUGGAGCCCUCGAUAGGAAAGUGCCCGCGUACGAGAGCUUGCUGGCCUGCGCUGGUCAGCUCGUCUCUUUGGGGUACCCGGUGGACCUGGUUGCCGUCAACAGCGAGCACGUAUCCGGCAGCGAUGGCCGCAUCACGACCGAGGUGCGAGGGACCCGUCUUGAAGACACACCGACGUAUGCCUGGCAUCACAAAUCUUUCUGGUCCGAAACACGAUGGAACAAAGAGUACAGGCAGCGCCCCUAUCGCCACACCCUCCUGGGAGCGCCCGUGCCUGGCACCCCGUCCAGCAAUCCUCGCUGGCGAAACUACAUUCGUCUCUCGGAGCUGCCUUGGCUCAGAGACCACGCGAUUGACGGCAGCGUGUUGUUUCCCGCUGCUGGCUACUUUACCCUGGCCAUUGAGGCGCUCAUACGCACGACUCCUUCCAAGGUCGGUGUCGACAUUGUUUUGUCCAAUGUGCGAAUCAAGUCUGCGCUGGCGAUUCCUGAUACGGAGGCUGGUGUCGAAAUCAUGGUUGACCUUUUAUUGGAUGAAGACGCCAGUGAAGGUGAAGUCUCGUACCGAUUUACAGUCUACUCCUUCACCGAGGGCGGCGCGACUGUCCAGAAUUGUUCUGGCAGUAUUGCUGCUGUUCCUUACCAGUCCAGCACGUCGGUGGCCACGUUCGAAGAGAUGCAGCUUCAAAUGCAGAGUCACACGCCCGCAGACAAGUUUUACAACCGCCUUCACGCCCUCGGCUUGCAGUAUGGAAACUCUUUCAAGCUCGCCAAUGGCGCGUUUGAAAGUGGCCAAGGGGCAUGCGUCACCGAGCUCGACUUUGACCCCAUCAGCGUCCGGACCGGAGACGCCGAGCUGGACCGCUGCAUUCUACACCCAACCUUUCUAGACGCCAGCUUUCACGUCAUUUUCUCUGCCCUGGAAUCUAGACUUGGUCGCGCUCUCACGGAUGCCUACGGUGCUACCUCGUGUGGAUCGCUUCGCGUGUUGGCGCCCAUGGUUCCGCGAGCCAAGGACACCAACACGCAGAAAUACUGGGCAAAUGCGAGUACAAGCAUUCUCAACCCUCGCGUCAGCUCGAGCGAUAUCAAUGUGUGUGCUGUGGGCUCUAGGGAGCCCCUUAUCGAGAUGUGCGACGUGCAAUUUACUGCUCUUGGCUUGGGUGACCAAGGCCAGCCAGCCGAUGCCUUCUUCCGCAUGACAUGGAAACCUGUCUUUAGCUUUUUGGGAUCCAAUGAGACUGAACCAGAAAUCAGCGGUUUCGAUGAGCUGAUCGAUUGCUACAAGCAUCAAUAUCCUGGCAACAGCAUUGUACACAUCAGGGCGGACUCGGAUGCUGCUGAACUGUCUGGCUCAUAUGAUCUUGUAGUGAUCGGGAAAGGAACCCCGUCCGACAUUAGCGCUUACACAGGGCCAGAGAGCUUCGUCGUCACGGUAGACCCUCAGAUGGUGUCGCAGAACCUGGAGCUCAAGUUCAGGCAAGGAGAACUGGCCAUUUGGCAAGCUCCUGCUGCAAACGCAGUAUCUUCGGCGCUCACUGUGCUUCUUUCGCUGUCUCCGUCACAAGAGUCUCUAAAUGUCGUCAACUCUAUCAAGAGGCGGUUACAUGGGCUCGAGGUAUCUACCACGACCCUUCCCGACCUGUGCGAGAGUAUUCUUUCCGGAGGCAACAUUCUUUCUUUGGUGGAACUAGACGACCCCAACUUCGGUCUCGACUCUCAACAGUCAAAAGGUUGGGACAAAUUGCUUACCUUGCUGUCCUCUGCAUCUGCCAAUAUUGUCUGGCUACAGAGUCGCGAUGUCUUGGGCUCAUCUAUUCUGCGCCAUGUGUCGAGAGUGGCGCGCGCUGAGAACCCUGGUCUUCAAAUGACACUUAUCACAGUACCAGGCAAAUAUGAUACAACGCACGUUCAAGAUGCGAUCUACUACGCAUUCAGAGCCUCUGCUGAUGGCGAGGAGCUUGCCAUCCGGGAUGGGUGCCUAUGGCUGCCUCGUAUUGGAGCAGAUGAAACCCUCAAUACCCGGUACUCGCACAGCGACAGGCUUGAAUUGUUUUCCAGCCAAUACCUGCAUCUUUCGCCCGAUGUUUUCAGCCCAUAUUUACCAAGUGCAGGAUUUGAAGCAAGUGAUUCGCUGCGGCUUCUUCCUAUUGCUGAGAAUGAGAUUGAAGUCGAGGUCAAGACCUCCAUGCUGCUUUCGCGCGCCGACGCAAUCACCUCGUGCAUCGGCACAAUCACGCUCGCAGGCUCUUGCUCCGGACUCCAAGUCGGGCAGCAAGUCCUCGUUGUAGCGGAAAACAAGGCUGCACAUGCAUCCAGACUGCGCGUCAAGGCGCACAUGGCAUUCGCGCUCGACGUAAAAUCCCUCGCCCGCGCUCUGCCGAUAUCAUCGCAUUUGCUGCAGACCGCAUACGCCAUUUACGAGACUUCCAGGGUUCAAAGCAGCGACAAAUGCCUCAUCUACGACGCCUUCGCGCCGGCUGGUCAAGUGGCCAUUUGUCUCCUCCAGUCUAUUGGGGCCGCAUUCGUUGCCGUUGUUCGACGAGAGUCCGACCGCACCCAACUUCUGGAACAAUUCCAGUUGUCUGAAGAUUCAAUCGUCGUGGAUGCUCAAUUGAGGCUUCCUGAGACUGUCGCAGCUGUAGUAUGUGCGAGGCCAUGGCGACUGGCCCUGCACUGCUCCGAGGAUGACAUGAACAGCGGGAAUCUGGACAUAUCUCAGGCUCAUGCGAUCAGCGUCGGCACAGCAUCCCACGAGUCCUGUCUUGAUCUGUCGUACAGAGAGCUCACCAGGGACCCAUCUAGGUUGCGGGACCUCUUCCACCAGGGCUGGAAGGCUCUCGAGAUAUCAGGCUAUUCCUUCACCAGCGCCACAGAGCUGUACAAGCUACCAUAUAGCCGAGCGACGGAAGGCAUGCAAGCUUUAAAAACAAGUUCAAAAUUACAGCAAGUAUUGCUGUAUGCGGAUGACUCUCCUGUGAGGGUGAAGCGCUCCUUGGGCACAAACUCGACGCUCUUCGACGCGGACAAGACAUAUCUCCUGUCGGGUUCGUUUGGUGAUGCCUGGUGGGUGUUGGCGCAAUGGCUCUUCCGCAAUGGUGCGCGCAGACUCAACGUGCUCGUCCACCCACAGUGCGCAGAGUUCCCGGAGCAGGCGAUUACCUGGCUAAGACAGCGCGGCGUUGAGGUUGCACUUCAUCCGAUCGUCACAUAUGAAGGAAGUGGUGUUGACGAAUGGUUGGAGUCGGUACGAGGAAAAGUCGGAGGCGUCAUACAGGGUGCUCUACCUGCGAAGCCGCUUCCCUUGGGCCAAGUUGAUGCCAAAACGCUUCAUGCAACGGUGCAGCCGUUCUUGACUGCUCUCCAGACGAUUCAUGAGCGUACGAUCCCACGUGCCCUGGACUUUUUUCUUUGCAUAUCGUCCAUCGCCCCUAUCGUUGGUGUUUCCUCUGAAGUCGCGUACUCUGUGGCGAAUGGCUAUCUCGACGACUUCGUCUCGUGGCGUCGCCAACACGGCUUUCCAGCGGCAUCACUCAGCAUCGGGCUCAUUAACAACAUUGAUCUUUUCAGCGAAACGCGUUCCAUCAAAGACGCCCUUGAAAAUGCUGGCAUCAACGCCUUGAACGAAGACCAGCUCUUCUUCCAGCUGGAGCAGGGCAUUCUAGCACAGUAUCCAGACGGCGAAGCGGACGGGACGUGCGACCACCACAUUCUCAGCGGCGUCAGCUUCUCCUCGCGCGACGAGUUUUGGUCCUCCAAGCCCAUGUUCCGCCGACUUUUCGAAGCUGCUUCCUCCUUGAGAGGAUCAUGCGACACAGCCAGAGACGUGCGCUCGGUGAUGCGCGACGCAAAAACGCCCGAAGCGAAGCAAGCGGCGUUGGCCGACGCGUUUGUUGACAAGAUUGCGGUGUCGCUCUCCAUUGCCAGCGCAGACAUCAACAUCGGCCUGCCUCUGUCCUCGUACGGCAUGGAUUCCCUGGCGGCCGUGGACUUUCGGAAGUGGUUCUCGCAGGAGCUCGGCGUCAAUCUCGCCUUGUUUGAGAUUCUCGGGUCCGGCACUAUUCGGGCCGUCAUUGAGAGGGUCUGCCAGGUGUUUGCGACGCAGGAGAGCGAGAAGCCAAAGACAACUGAGCAAACCAAAUACGUGACCAAAGACAAAGAGGCGCCCUCGGAUCUGGCCUCGGAGUUGCUGUUGCCGGCGUCUCGGCCAAGGCAUAUUCCUCUUUCUUCAUUUCAGACGCGGCAGUGGUUCAUGGACACUGUGAUGGAGCAGGAUGGGGCGCUCACCUGCGGCUGGACUCUUUCCAUCCAAGGUGAGCCGAAUCUUGAAGCGGUCAAUGCAGCAUUCCAUGAGGUUGCUCGCCGCAAUGAAAUCUUCCGAACUCGCUACUUUGAGGGCGAUGACAUGGUUGAGCAAGAGGUCAUCGCCUCGGUGCCCGCCAAUGUGGAGUAUGUCGACAUCUCCGGUGUGCCAGGCGCAGACGACACGGCAGUUCAAGACCAGGUGUACAAUCUCAUCGGCCAGCCUAUGGACCUGGAGAAGGGCGAGGUGUAUCGAUCUCGCCUCGUGAAGCUCGCGCAUGAGCGCUAUGCCUGGAUCUUCGCUACUCACCACAUCACCGUGGACGGCGCCAGUCGGCAGUCCUUCAUGGAGCAAAUCGUGGCUUGCUACGAUGACGCCCGGACAGGUUCCCGCUCGGAGACGUCGGCGCCCAGUCUCUCAUACAUUGACUUUACGCUCUGGCACGAGGGAUACCUGCAGUCGGACCAGGUGCAGGUAGACCUGGCGUGGUGGAAGAGUCGUCUGGCCGACGCACCCCGCGCUGGCAAGCUUUUACCCUUUGCGCAGCGCGAGGCUCGUGGCGAAAAGGCCAGCCAUCAGAGACGAGUUAUUCGCUCCAAGAUUGACACGGCCACGUUGAAGAGAAUGAAGCGCAUCUGCAGUAGUGUCAGCGUCACGCCGUUUCAUUUUGUCCUCGCCGCGCUCCGGGCCUUGCUGUUCCGGUACACGGCCGAGGAGGAGUGCACGCUGCUGGUAAUUAACGGCGAGCGUCCUCAUCCCGCAUUCGAAGGCAUCAUUGGGUUCUUUGUCAACAUCAUCCCGCUUCUCUGGAAGGGAUGCUUUGAUGACUCGUUUGAGUCGCUUCUGACGGAAGCCAAGGCCUUGACCAUGGAGUCAAUGGCUCACUCCCAGGCGCCGUUCGAUGCCAUUGUGGACGCGUUAGAUCUGGGCCACACUCCUGCCCACUUUCCUCUGGGCCAGAUUGCGCUGAACUACCAAAUGUACACCAAGUCGCCCAACUACACCUCGGUAGACUUUGAGAUUCGAGAUGUGCACGUCACCGAUGUCCCCACGGCCUGUGAACUUCAGUUCGAGGUGUUGGAAGAUCCGAAGACGGGUCUUGGUUUCACUCUAGACUAUGAUUCCCAUCUUUACGGCGCCACUGACAUGAACCGUUUCUUGGAGAACUUCAUGACGUUUAUUGGCAGCGCCGUGCGUGAUUUCAGGCAGCCGGUGGAAGAGCUGGAGAUGUGUGGCCCCAAGGAGCUUCAGUUCCUCCGAGAGGUUUGCUGGGUGGAGGAGGUCAGCUCGGCUGACUGGAUGGGCCAGUCGCCUAUGGAACGCUGGUCGGACAUUGUUCGCCAACAGCCAUUGUCCACUGCCAUUCAGACUUCAGAGGGCCAGUCCAUCACAUUCACCGAGCUGAACGAGAGGGCGACGUGUAUUGCACGCUUGCUCCAAGUAUCUGGUGCACAAUCUGGCGAUAGGGUUGGCGUGCUAUCCCACCCCUCCAUCGAUGUCAUGGCCUCCAUGCUGGCCGUUGCUCUUCUGCGAUGCGUCUACGUUCCGCUGGAUCCCAGCGCUGCACAAGGAAGACUAGAAUACAUGGUCGACAAUACGAGUGCGCCACUUGUACUCCAUGGGCCGGAGCUGUAUUCACUCGUGGCAAGUCUGCGCGGCUCUGUGCAGGCGCAAUUCAUUGCCAUGGCUGCCGCGACUGCGAGCGACGGUGCUGCCAUUACUGUGCCUCUGAACCAGAAUCCCGAUGAUGUUUGCUAUAUUGUGUUCACCUCGGGAAGCACGGGCAAGCCCAAGGGCGUCAUGGUGACAUUCGAAAACACAGAGGCCAUGCUCUGCGGUCGCCAGCAGAUUCACUGUCUAGGGGACACAGAUAUCUUCCUGCAGCAGUCGUCCACAUCCUUUGAUAUUUCCAUGGCACAGACAUGGGGAUCGCUGACCUCGGGCGCCACAAUGGCGCUCGCGACCAAGGAGGCGAGACAAGACGUCGACGAGCUCGCUGGCUUCAUUCGCGAUGCUGGCGCCACCAUGGUGUACAUGACACCCACCCAGCUUGCCAUGGUCCUGGAGAACUGCUCCGACAUUUUGAAGCAGUGUCGCACGCUACGAGCCAUCUCGCUUAUCGGGGAGCAUCUGCCACCGCGUCUUGUCGCAGCCGUGUACGAUCUCGGCCUGCCGUCGCUGACCGUCUUCAACGAAUACGGGCCAUCGGAGAGCACGUCGCAGAAUACGCUGUACAAGGUGCCGUACCCCUCGCCGAGCCAGACGACCGUAGACAUUGGCCGGCCCAUUCCGAACAGCAGUACAUAUGUUCUCAACUCACGCGGCCGGCCAGUGCCCGUCGGUGUCUCGGGCGAGCUGUGUGUCGGCGGGCCGCAGGUCAGUCUGGGCUACCUCGGGCGCUCCAGCGACGCCUUCCUGUCCAACCGCUUUGUGGCCGGCGCGUUUCGGGAAAGGGGCUGGGACCGGCUGUACCGCACAGGCGACAUGGCGCGGUUCCGACGGAACGGCAACAUUGACCUGCAGGGUCGCAUCUCGGGCGAUAAACAGGUCAAGCUGCGGGGCCAUCGCAUUGAUCUGGAGGAGAUUGAGGCCGAGAUUCGACGUGUCGCUGCGCAAGACGCAAUCGCGAGCUCUCUGACGGGCGCUAUCGUGCUUGCGCGGACCCUGGGCCAGUCUGCCUCGGCAGACAUGACGGAUGAUCGACAGCUGGUUGCUUUCCUGACCACCAGAUCCGAACUGCAUAGAGUUGACAGCCAAGCAAUUGCGUCCAAGCUUCAUGUUGAACUCAGCAAGACCCUGAACAAGUACAUGAUCCCUGCCUGCUACCAACCCAUGACAGCAUUUCCGAUGACUGUCAGCGGUAAGAUUGACCGAGUUGGCCUGAACAGCAUGACCUUGGACCCUGUCUUCCACAUGGAGACUGUUCACGCGCAGACGCAACAACAAGAACAAGCCGACAAAGUUGAAGCGUCCGGGCCACUCGACACCAUCAAGAGUCUCUUUUCCGACAUUCUCAAGCUGCCCAGCCAAAAGGUCGUCCAGGAUACGGACAACUUCUUCGAACUCGGUGGCCAAAGCGUGCUCGCUCUUCGUCUGCAGAAGGCGCUGAAGAAGGAGCUGGCUGUCAAGGUCAAGUUGGUUGACAUUUUCCGGAAUCCGACGCCCUCCGGUCUCGCCAAGAAACUUGGCCUCGAUUCUGCAACAGACGGGUCGGCUGCAGCUCUUCCAGUCAAGGUCGAGGUAAACUGGGACUCGGAAAUCGCACUCCCGAAUGAUGCUCGAUACCUGCCCAACGCCGCCGUCGAGGCCAAGGAGCAGCGGAACGGGUCUUCAGCAAAGAGAAUUCUCAUCUUGGGAGCUGAUGGAUACAUUGGGUACUAUCUGCUCAAGUUCUUACUUGCCCUUCAUCGCGACGCCAAAGUCUACCUCUUGGGCCUGGGUGACCGGUUCAACCUGGGCGAUCUCUUCUCUGCCUUUACCGAGCACCAAAUAUUUGACGACAGAGUCACCCAGACGGAUCUGCUCACGCGAACCGAGAUUGUCCAGGGCGCACUAGGCAAGCCAAAGUUUGGUCUUUCCAGCGAUGCGUUUGCCAAGCUCGGCCGCAGCGUCGAUUCCAUCUACCACACGGGCGGCUUCGUCUCCCUCCUGGCGACCUACAACGAGCUGCGCCCCCGCAACGUGCAGAGCGUGCUGGACAUGAUUGAGCUCGCGUCGCACGGCGGCGCGCCGACAGCGCUGCACUACAUUUCCACCUGGAGCAUCGUCCACGUGCAGACCUGGCGCGGCACGUCCCUGUCCGGCGACGGCGUCGUGUGGCGCGACGAGCAGAGCGUGGCGUCGUUCCGGCCGCCCGCCACAAACGACCACGGCUACUUCAAGACGCGCUGGGUGUCGGAGAUGCUCCUGGAGGAGGCGGGCCGGCGCGGCUUCCCCGUGGUCAUCUACCGCUGCCCGGCCCAUACGGCGCCGCCGGCCGCGCGGUGCGUGACGCCCGCCGACAACUUCACCGUCAACAUGUGCGUGCGCAUGGCCGAGACGGGGCUGGUGCUGCGCACGCCGACGCGCCCAGACGGGCUGGAGAGCGACAUGGGCAUGCUGCACGGUGGGAGGGUACAGGCCAGAGUGCUGGACCUGGAUGCGUGGUUCGAGGCGAUGACGGCGGUGAGCAGCGAGAAUAUCAAUCUGGAGUUGUCCAUGUACAAGGAGUACUUAGAUAAGGGGCAUAUCAUGUUCACGAUUGACGAUGGCAAAACGCGCCCGUUGCUCGACAAGAUUGCUGCGGAUGCUGGACGCGUUUGCUGUGACGCGGUGGAUCUGGGGUACUUGCAGAGCUUGCUAAGACAGGAACAGGGGAGGCAGUAA